GGUGUGUUUUACUAAGUAAAAUGAAAUUUUCUUAAUAUGGGAACCCAAUCGUCUCCUUCGACCAUAUUUCCCCGAUGAGUUCAAAUUUCGAAUCAGUGUGGAAGCAGACGAACCUGAGCGAUUUCGGAUAGUAUUAGGAGUGCUAGCUGAUGGACGACCGAGACAUCCUCUGCUCUCUGGAGUCCCACUCUCAAGCCACUGCCAACGCUAGACAUGUAAUUGUCCUCUCGUGUUUUACAUUCUGUUUUCUUGAGAUAUUAACCUCGUGCCUUAGUGGGGUAUACGGCGUAUCCUGCAGGCAUCCUAAAAUUGCAAUUCCGUUAAACAGAUAUAUGACCCAAGACACAUCUUCAGACGAGGCUUCUGUUGUUAUGGCUGGUAGUAUACUUCAGAGUUCAGUGAUGGUUAUAAGGAACACAUUCUCAGUUUUGGGACUAGAAACCUAAGAGGAGAGGCUCAGAGGAUCUGGAAAUUUCUUAUUGGAGAUUGCCAUAUCAGUUAUGGAUGUUAAAAUGUAUGAGUUAC